CUUGUUGACGAACUCGUGCCAGUUGCAAGCUUCUUCUCCUGUGCGCACGACCUUCGGAGGAGUCACCAUGGAUGAAUAAGGGGCCGAUUGGACAAAUAAUCCACUCUCUCACUUUAGGUGUUUUGAUGCGGCAUCCGCACAGUGUGUGUGUGUCUCUCUGUGUGUGUGGGCGGAGGGCAGCCAUGUAUAAAUAGAGCGCACAGUCCCCUCGUGCGUAAACGCGUAGAGCGCUGGACUUGGCUGGCGCACAAAGCCCUCUGCUUGGCUGGAAAUUAAAAGAAACGUUUCCAUGAAUGUAUUAGCCUACAGGCUGCGUUUCAUGGCGCAAAAUAGAGGACGAGAAAUAGCCAUCAAAUGGCAAUUGGUAACAUUUCGUUUUUAAAAUCGCAGUCAAAUGUGGAACGUUCUUGGAAAACCCAACGAUCCAUCUUUUGCUGCACCAAGGAGGCAGAAUCCACUUUUAUCCGGGAGAGGUUCACUUUAGCGAUCCCCGAGGAUGAUUUGAACUUCAGCUGUCAACAAAUAUUCCUGAGAGGACAUCGGAAAAAUACUCCUGGCCUCAUCUGGACACUUUUGCGCAAUGCGUAAUUGGCAGAGAAAUGCGUUUGUCUGUUAAAUAGACUACAUAGAAUGUUGGGACUCAUCUCUGCAGGAAGGCGUUUAUCGCACCGUGUAUGUUGUAAACACAGCAGGAACAAGGAUGGUAGUGUCUAACAUGCUCGGGACGGGUCGCCAUGAGAUGCUGGUGGCGCUCGGUUGGCUGUUUUUAUUUGUGACGCGGAGCGGAGCAGAUUCUAGAUGUGUGGACCAUGCCUGUAGCCCACCCAUUGGGAACCUGGCUAGUGGCAGGACCCUCCUCACCCUCUCAAGCUGCUGUGGGAACAACAGCACCCUCCACCACCAGGACGCUCACCCACCUGCCCACAUGACUGAUGAUCCUUUCCUGCAUCCAGAUACCUGGUGGGCAUCAGGUGGCGAUAUCACCGGGCAGGAGCAGCAGGACGAGAUACGCCUGGAUCUGGAAACACAGUUCUGUCUGUCUCAUGUUGUGUUGGUGUUCAGGUCAACGCGGCCUGCUACUAUGACCAUUGAACGUUCUGUAGACUUUGGAAGGACCUGGGAAGUUGUCAAGGUGUUUGCGCACAACUGCAGUAUGGAGUUUGGUUACCCCGAUGACUUUAAUGUGCCAGGCUCUCUGUGUACAUCUCGUUACACUGAUGCUGCACCCUGCAGUGGAGGCGAGGUGAUAUUUCGUACACUAUAUCCCACCAGUGCUAAAACACUCGACCCCUACAGUGCGGAGGCUCUCGCCCGUCUGACCCUCACCAAUCUCCGUAUCAGACUGCUAAAAGCUCAGACUUGUCCUGCAUCUCUGGACCCCUCAGCAGAACCGACAGGCCCCACAGUUUCAGCUACACCCAGUACAGAAAAUCCAGCCUCAGCACCUUAUGCCAUUUAUACUUUACUGGCCAGAGGGACCUGCCUGUGCCAUGGGCAUGCUGAGUACUGUGUCCCGUACAACAACAGUCAAGUCAACGGACAAGACAGUAACAUGGUGUUUGGUAGGUGUCUGUGUGCUCACCACACUGCCGGGGAUCACUGUGAGAAGUGUGCGCCACUCUACAACGAUCGUCCCUGGAGGCCUGCCAACGGGAGCAGCGGGGAGCCCAACCCCUGUCAGAAGUGUGAAUGCCAUGGCCACGCAGACAGCUGUCACUUCUCUCAGCGGGCGUGGAUUUCCUCUGGCGGCACCAGUGGGGGGGUUUGUGACAACUGCCAGCACAACACUGUGGGCCGUCGAUGCCAGCGCUGUCGCCAUGGUUACUACCGCCACCCAUCCCUGCCCCUUAAAUCCCCCCACGCCUGCACACGCUGCUGGUGUGACGCCCAGGGCUCUUUGCCCCCUCUGCCUGGAGAGGAGGGACCUUGGUGCCACCCCAGGACGGGUCAGUGUCACUGUAAACCUGGUGUAGGUGGCACAAGCUGCACCCACUGCCUGCCUGGCUACUGGGGCUUUGGAGAGGAAGGCUGCAAAACCUGCGCCUGUCCUCACAGCUGUGAUCCCACCACUGGGCAAUGUCUGGACAGCUACACAAAUAAUCAAGUAAUAAAUGUGCCCAUUGGUGGAAGAAUCCCUGACCUGGAUCACAUGUUCACAAUUGAAGACGAUGUUCAGUGGUCGAAGGAGCUCGCAGUCUCUGCUCUGCAUUACACAGGGAAGUGCAGCUGUAAGGAGAAAAAACUGAGAAGUGUGUCUGACUUCUGUAAGACCAAACAUGAUUAUGUGAUCAAGGCGAGUGUGCUGUCCGCUCAUGACAAAGGCAGUCACGCAGAAGUGCAAGUCAAAGUUCGGAAGGUCCUUCGAUCAGGGCAGGUGGCGCUUUAUUUGGGAACAAUCAGUAUUUAUCCUCUGUCCUGGACCAGCCGUGGUUGUACCUGCCCGAUACUGAACCCAGGCACAGAGUACCUGCUUGCCGGCCCAGAGGAGCCCGGAAAAGGUCGUUUGCUGGUCACCAUGCAGAGUGUUGUGGUUCCAUGGACACCUCGAUUAGGUCUCUUAAUAUCAGAGGGUCUGAGGAAUGGAUGCCCAUGAUCCAUAUGGGCCAAAAACACGGGACACACUUCAAAAGAUUUCACAAGACACUCAUAGGACAAUUCAGAAAACGGACUGAAAAUCACGAUCAUCAAGAAAGAAAUGAUCAAGGAGUCAAACUCGUGAUCAGUCUCACAUGUGAGUGUACAAUACAAAAUACUCAUGAAAGAGUGAACUCCUGUCUCAGUGGAAGGACUAAAUGUCUCUGUGUUGUACCCAACUCUCAAGACUGAAUAUGCAAAUCUGCAAAACUAAUUUGUAAAAUUAAUUUGUUUGUUGUCAUCUCACAGCAAUGAGCCAGUUCCCUUUUGGAACAGGCUACAAGUUGGUAAAAUACCUCGAUUUGUCUAACAAAUCUUCUGUGAAUAUUUUAUCUUCUCUUUUUUAUACGCAAAGAGUAAUGUGCAAAAGAUGACGCUACUUUAUCAACUACAUAGAGUGAACUGUCGAAGUUUAGUGUUAGCUCCUAAAUAUUACUUAAUAUUUAGGAGGCAAAGCGUCCUGGUGGCCUUAACAUUAAGGCACAGGUCAUGAUCCAAAUAUCCCCCGUUCACAUCCAGCCGGGCUUUUUGUUCCAUAUUAUGAUCCAAUCUACCAUCUCUCUCCUGUUGACUAUGUAAUAAAUGUAAAUGUUUAUCCCACAAAAA